AUGGAAGUUCAACCCGGUAUUAUACGUCAUGGCGGAUCCGAUAAUCUAUAUAGUGAUAACUCUGGAACUUCUUUAUCUAUUUUAGGCCGAGACUUCUGUGUAGUGGCUGCUGAUACUCGGCACUCAGCAGAAUACCAUAUCAACACCCGUAAGGCCACUAAAAUCUUCACUAUCGGCAAUAUGGUCCUGAGUGCUACUGGCUUCUAUGCUGAUGCCCGUUCAGUUUAUGCCCAACUUAAGUACACCAUUGAAAACUACGAGUUCAACUUUUCCCGACCUAUGCCUAUUGCCCAGGCAGCCGCCGCCCUUCAUAUGAUUCUCUACAGCAACCGUUUCUUCUUCAAGUACGCCUACUGCUGCCUUUCUGGCUUUACUCCCCAGGGUAUUCCUAAGGUCUACUCCUACGAUCCAGUUGGUUCCUACCAGGAGACACCUUGCCGUUGUAACGGAUCGGGUGAAAGAAUGCUCCAACCCCUGCUAGACUCCUGGAUCAAAAGGAACAACUGGAACUGUGCUGAAGGCAAAGAGUACACUCCAACUGCCGCUGAAACUGUAUCUCUUAUUCGCGAUCUUUACAAUGGAGUGGCCGAAACCGAUGUAAAAACUGGCGAUGCACUUGAGGUCUAUGUGAUCACUAACCAGUCGAUUACUAGAGACGAGUACCCCUUAAGAGGCGAUUAA